AUGACUCUUUUUAGAAGCGAAGCCUACAGAGAGUUUUUUAAGACUCUCCUUUCUGAUACCAAUGUGGACAACAGACAGGAAAUAAUUAUGGAAAGGAUUUCCAGCAUGUGGACAGAACUGCAGCAGCAGAACAGGUUACCUAAUGGUGUGUUGACAACAACGUGCGAGUCAGAGCUGAAGGAACUGAUGUCACACAUCGAUGAGAUGAUGGAUACUCAGAAGAGUGACUGGGAACAUGAACUGAAGGACUUAGAGUCCAAGCUGCUGCAGAAGGAACACGAAAUCCUGGUACAGCGGUCCACACUGGAGCAGAAACAUACAGAGAUCGGACGUCUCAAGCAGCAAGUGAAAGACCUGGAAGAGUGUCAGAGGACAGGGAUCUCGGAGUAUGAUUCACAUCUCACUGCACUGAAGGAGGAGGUACGUAAGGUGAAGCAUGAUUAUGAAAAGUUAAACAAACGACACCAUAAACAGAUGAAGGAGUCGCGACGCGAUAAGGAACAGACAGAGAUUAAACUACAGGAUCACACAGUAGAGCUUCAACACACAAAGGACAAAGUGGAGGAAUAUGUCCAGAAGGCAAAAGAUUGGGAGUUACAACGACGAACGUUUCAAAAACAGAUUGAAACUUUAGAACAUCAGAGAAAAGCAUUGACGGAGAAGUGUGAAUUUGUACAGGGCCAAUCACAGACCUACCAGAGCCAGGUGGAAAAGAGGCGACAACUCCUGGACAAUGCAGAGGUCAGCUUCAAGACACAGAUUAGUCAAUUGGAUGGUCAGUUAGAGCGAACCAACCAGGCUCUAGUUUCACAGGAGGGUAAGGUAGAAAAAUUGAAGAUUUCGUUGGAGGAUGCUAUGAAUGCACACAAGAAAGCCAUGGAUGAUAAUGAACGACUUCUGGCAGACCUGAAAAAGUCCAACAACACAGUGCGGAAGUUGGAGGAGGAGAAGAAUCAGAUAGAGGCUGAUAUGCACAGUAAGGAAGAUUUCCUGCGUGCAGCCACCCAGGACAGCAGUGGGUAUCGGGAAGAUCUUCUCAGAAUGGAGGCUACCUUGGCAGAAAAGGACAACAUUAUCAGAUCUCUGGGAGAUAUUCGGAACCAGGAGGAAGGGGAGCAGAUACGACUUCUCAGGGAAGCCAUGCAUAAUGCUAAAGAGGAGACCAGGAAACACAGGAGGAGUGAGAAACAACUCAAGGAAGAGGUAUCAAAGCUCCAGUCUCACCUUAAAAAGGCCGUCGAAGACUGUGAGAGGCUUGCCGAUGACCUUGAGAAAAAGAAAGCUACAUUAGAAAAACUAGAGACUGAUGAAUAUUCUAAGUUUCGGUCCCAAAUUUCCCAACUACAAAACCAGCUCCAGCAGGAGCAGGAGUCACACAGGGCUGAAGUUGAGGGCAUGAACCAACAAGUUGCCAACCUUGCCUCAGAACUUCAUUCCAAAGAUGUUGCUAUGGCAACUCUGAGUCACAAGGCCAGCAACAUGGAGAAGCAGAUUCGGGAGGACAUGGAAGUAACACAGAAGAAAUCAGCGGAACUGCAGGUAGCCAAUGCCCAGAUAGAGGCUAUAAGAUUAGAGAACCGCCACCUCCGCCAGACGAUACUACAGCAGGCGCACACCAAUGCUGACAAGACUGUUACGGAGGAACACAUGCGUGCUGUACAGAAUUCUUAUAGUAGCAGUGUGUCUCGUCUAGAGCAUGAGAACCAACAGCUGAGAGAAGAUAUGGAAUGUUUGAAGGAAGAAAUGAAUGAGUUGGAAGAAAGGUAUGAGGAACAGGUGCGACUUGCUCUCCAGAAUGUGGACACAUCUGCUCAGGAUGACAGGAUAAAGCGGUUUGAGGAGAAUUCUAAACAACGAGUUGAAGAAAUGCAGGAGCAAUUCAACUCUGCUACACAACAGUACAAGGAGGAGAUCCGCGUACUCAAGAUUGGCAAGGCACAACUUGAGGCGCAACUUGAACUAGAAAAACGUUUACGAAAUGCAAACACUGAACGUCCAUCACCUUCACGUUUCUUGGAUUUUGAUCGAUCUACAAGUGACCAAAAGACAGAGCGCAGAGCUCGCUACUCGGAUCCAAGUGAGAGACACAUUCGAUACUCUAGUGUCGACUCCCCGACUCGGUUCUCCGACAGAUCACGCUACGUGGACAAAUCACCACAGUUCAUGGACACUAAUCAAAACUUAUUCAGAAAUGAAGACAGUCCUUUAGAGUUUAGAGAACCUGACCGACAUCAAAGAAAUGAUAGCAGACUUUCUAGUUUAUCUGACCCAGGGUGGCGACAGCCUGAUAGUGAACAUCAAAGGCAACAGAAUCCACAAUUAAGAACAAGGACACCUUUAGUGGGCAGCACUAACGGGCCUAACCUUACUAAUGACGUUGAGCCAGAAUCACAAGUCAAUGGCACAGCCAAUGCCAGCUUUGAGACAGUCCUGAGUAGCCGAGCGAUGUCAAUAUCAGAUAGUUUACCUGAUGUUAGUAUGGAGGUACCCAGUCCAAGGAAUUCAGUGUCACAGAAAUUUCUGGAAGCCGAGAAUAAACGUGCAAAAGAACUUGAAUUUUUGAUAGACUCACAUAUAGAGGACUUGAAGCAUGGUACGGACAAGAUUGUUAAAAAGUACAACAGGCGACGGUAGUUCUGUGUGGAUGUUGUACAUAUUAGCCAACUAGUGCAUAAAAAAUACCAUU